UCAGCUCACCACUCAGUUUCUGUCCCACUCUGAGAAAAAACAAAGGGGCUGUAUAGGAUUUACUGCUUACAACAAAUCCCUGGGAUAGAGGAGAGUGAAACUAUUCAGAGAUGGGUUUUGGGGAGGACCUUAGGUGUCCACAGGCACAUGCAGCAGUCAUGCGGCUGCUGGACUCAGAGCUUCACCUGAUGGAGGUCAUGAAGAAGUGGAUGGGUCAACGGGCUAAGAGUGAGCGGGAGUUUGCAGUGCAGCUGCAUAACAUGGCUACCAUAGCAGAGAAACUGGACCGACCUCAGCCUGGUGCAGGUCUGGACUACAUCAGCCAGCUCAACAAGUCGUGGGGAGUGCUGGUCUCUCAGACGGACUUUCUCAGCCAGGUGAUGAGGAAGCGCUCCGAGGAUCUGUUGGAUGGUCCCAUCAGCAAACUGACACUGCUCAUCAGAGACAAACAGCAGCUCCGCAAAACCUACGCAGAGCAGUGGAAUCUACUGAGGCAGGAGCUCAGCAAGGUGACACAAACAGAGCUGGAGAGGCUGAAGAGCAGCUACAGACAGGCAGCGAGAGAUGCAGCGCAGGCUAAGAGGAAGUAUCAGGAGGCCAAUAAAGAUAAAGAGCGAGACAAGGCUAAAGAGCGUUACAUAAAAACAACACUGAGACUCCACGAGCUGCAUAAUGAGUACGUCCUGUCUGUGCAAGCUGCCCAGGUUUACCAUCAGCACCACUACAGUCAGAUCCAGCCUGCCCUGCUCAGCGCACUGCAGACACUGCAGCAGGAGAUGGUGCUCAUACUAAAGGAGAUCCUGCAGGAGUAUUUCGACAUCUCCACGUUCCUUCAUCAUGAAGUGGUGCGGAUCCACAGAGAGAUAUCUUUGGCUCUAACGGCCAUCGAUCCUCACAGAGAAUAUGAGAGCUUCAUUCACCAGAACAGGUCUGUAGGGGAGAUUCCUGCUUGUGCAGAGUUUGACUGUAGCCUUCUGGAGGACACUGAGCAGCUAAACCCCAGAGAUAUCGAGCUGAACGACCUCACGCUUGAGACAGUCCAGCACAAACUGACUGCGGUAGAGGAGGAGCUGCUGGACCUGGCUCGGACUCUGGGCUCCCAGCAGACCUCGGUUGAACAGCUGGAGCUGGAGCUGGAGGCCGAGCAGGAGGGUGUCAAAAAAGGCCAGAGGGUCUACCAGUUCAGCAAGAGACAUGCACUGGAGGAGUGCCGGCAGCAGGUCGCUCUGUCUCAGGGCGUGAGAGCCAAGCUGGAGACUCAGAGAGUUAUUCUGAAGAAGAAACUGGAGCAGCUGGGCUCCAAAGAACCUCCCUCUGCUCUGACACUGGACCCAGAGACUGUUUCACUUUCAUCCAUCUCAAGCAAUGACCACAGCCACCCUUCUUCCAAAGUCCUCAUGGAGGGGAUCAUAAACAAUCUCAGUGGCCUGUUCAAACCUAAAUGUGAGGUUCUUCCGGUUCUCAGCCCGGUGCAGGAGGUGGAUCGUCCCCUGGGGCAGCAGGACUGGUACCACGGAGCCAUUCCCAGACUGGAGGUCCAGCAGCUGCUGAAGAGUGAUGGAGACUUCUUGGUGAGGAAGAGUCAAGAGAAACAGGGUUAUGUGCUCUCUGUGCAAUGGGAUGGAUCCAGCAAGCAUUUUCUUAUUCAGAACACGGAUAAUCUGUACCGUCUGGAUGGACAAGGCUUCCACAGUAUCCCACUGCUGAUCCAUCAUUUACUAUCGUCACGACAACACAUCACCAAGAGGGCUGACAUAGUGCUGAAGAAGCCUGUACUGAAGGACAAGUGGGUCCUGGAACAUGAUGAUAUUAUCUUGGGACAGCUCAUUGGACGGGGCAACUUUGGAGAAGUGUACAGUGGUCGAUUACGCUCUGAUAACACUCCUGUGGCUGUGAAAUCCUGUAAAGAGAACCUGGCCCCAGAGCACAAGAGUAAGUUCCUGAUGGAGGCCAGGAUCCUGAAGCAGUACGACCAUCCUAACAUUGUGAAGCUGAUAGGGGUGUGCACUCAGAAACAGCCCAUCUACAUCAUUAUGGAGCUUGUUCAAGGUGGUGAUUUUCUCUCCUUCCUGCGGCAUGAGGGUCACAGUCUGAAGCCGAAGGUGUUGGUCAAAAUGACAGAAAAUGUAGCAGCUGGCAUGGAGUACCUGGAGAGCAAGAAGUGUAUCCACAGGGACUUGGCAGCAAGAAACUGUCUGGUUGCAGACCACAGUGUGGUGAAGAUCAGUGACUUUGGGAUGUCCCGUCAGCAAGAUGAUGGUGUCUACUCUGCAGAGGGCGGCCUCAGACAGAUCCCUGUCAAAUGGACGGCUCCUGAAGCCCUGAACUACGGUCGCUAUACCACAGAGAGUGACGUCUGGAGCUUUGGUGUCUUACUGUGGGAGACCUUCUCCAUGGGAAUGACGCCCUACACGAGCAUGACCAACCAACAGACACGAGACGAAGUGGAGAGAGGAUACCGUAUGCCUGCUCCUCACAGCUGCCCUGUGGAAAUCUCCAGGAUUAUGACCAGCUGCUGGCAGUACGACGCCAAAAACAGACCGUCUUUCAAGAAACUUCGAGCUGAGCUCAGCGCUAUAUACAACAAAAUUACAUAAUGCAAGCCUGUUGAUAGGACAUGUAGAUUUUUUUUCCUGUCAGUUUGAUUGGUUGUUUGGUAGUGUGCUUAUUUUUCCUUCAGAAAGAGUUUUGAAAUCCAGCAUAUAUACCAGUUGGUGGCAGCAUUCUUGUUUCUUCUUGUCUCUUCUUGCCCCGAUUGUCUGUUUUGCGUUGCUCCUCCUACCAAGAACAGAAGGUUGUCUUCAACAUGUCUGUGUUCUUUGAGACAGAACAAAUUUGUGCUAACAUAAACACACAUGCUGUGCUAGGUUAUUAGCAUAACUAGUGAAACAUAACACCUAUAUCUGUCUCAAAGAAACCACAGAGAUGUUUUAAACUGAGACAUCCUCCUGAGGACUGCAGAGGCUGCCAACACUGACAUUAAGACAAUAAGGUUUGAGUUGAGAGUUGAGUUUAGGCCAUUUCUGUCGGGGACUUUAGUUAUUGAAAUAUUAGUAUUGACUUACUUUAGUUCUGUAAGUCAGUAGCCUGUGGGAUUCCAGGAAGGUGACACAUGACUACCUUUGAUGCCAAAAAAUGAUCUAAGAUAAAAGGACAGGCCUUUUUGCACAGGAAUUUCAAUUAAAGCUUCAACAAUCAAUAUGUGUACCUCAGCAACAGAAAAAAUUACUAUUUGUAAUGCGAAAGGUGCCAUUCAUAGUGACAAACCCACCGAAAACUCUGCAUUUCCUCUUGGCUCGACAGCGUUUCAGAGUAUUUAAGUUCAUUGCUUUAGUUUAAAACCCAUAACUUUACUGUUUUGGUUCACUCUUACUGCUUUCAUUUCCAGAUGCAGCAGGCAGCUUCUUUUUUUUCAUCAUUAUACAGAUUUAAUUGACACCUGCCUGGCACGGACACCUUUUCUUUUUAAUGGCCAAGGCACAACACUAUUUGAGUCAACAUCCUGUGUGAAAAGGAGUCAGAACCUUUUUUUUUUUUUUUAACUUUAAAAAAAUAAAAAAAAAUAAAAAAAAAUAUAUUUUUGAGGCAUUAAAGGAAGACACAUCCCUUCUGGUAACCUUAUCCAGCAAUUUACAUAACAUUUCUAAUGUAUUCGGUUUGCUUAUUAUUAAUAUGGAAAAGCAUGACAACCAAUUUUAUAUAAUAUGUUAAUAUGUUAGACUGACAUAAAUGUUUAGUUUUUUGACAAUGAUGUCAGAAUCGCUGACUCUUGAUAGAAUAUUUAUGACGACUAAAUUCAGCAAAGAAAGAUUAUCUUCAAAACUAAGUUAAUUUUACACUGAAGUUGACAAAAUUAAAACUGUAGGACAUUAUGGUAUAAUAGUUCAGCUGUUACUGCUAUACAUUAACAUUGAAGUUUCUUGUUGUUUCUGGUUAAGGAAACAAUUACAAUUGUGUUGUUUAAAU